AGGUGCCAUGUACAGCGACGCCUGCUGGCAACACGCGCUACGUUGCGCCAAUAGCGCAAGACCUGUAUUCAAUCACCGACCAUUGCAACUGGCAUUCCAACGUAGAAGACAUUUACAUACAUCAGGAACCACACCGUCAUAUAAUUACCAAAUAGAUGAUACUGUAACCAGCCCGUACAUAUCUCAAUCACAUAAAUACAGCCAUGAAUACGAACAGGCUGUGUCGCUAACAUCGCGGAUAUAUCAACUUGGUGGAGCUGAAUUGAAAUCUGAACGGCUUCGCGUAUCACAAGAAAUAGGAUGUGCUGAACCAUGCACAGAUAAACAUACCACCUUGGAACGACUCGUUAAUAAAUUCCAGGAACGCAUACAAUCGCAGGUGCUGACAGAUAACACCGAGAUCAACGAUGUCGUAAAAUAUGUACUAACGGGACAAUCAAAACUAUUCAGACCCAAACUAGGUCUUAUGGUAGCAAGGCUCCUGUCAAUGCGGAAUACCCAUGGUGAAAAUACCACAAGCGCAGACGAGGGAAGCACCCUAGGUUACAUGAAUUAUGGAAACCUAUCAACAGAACUUAUGGAUAAGGUGCUUCGACUGCUGCAGUCAUACGAAAUUGUGCAUAUAGGUAGUCUGAUGCACGACGAUGUAUUGGAUAGUGCAAAUUUGCGCAGACGAAUGCCUGCAGUACAUGUCAAAGCUGGUGUGAAAAUAGCAGUCUUGGUAGGCGACCUUAUGCUUACCAGGGCGUGUUCCACAGUGGCUAACCUAGGGUCCCAGGUAUUGACAGUUAGAAUGUCAAAAGCACUGGAAAACCUAAUUAAGGGUGAAAUCACAACUGUUGAGGGUACCGACAAUGUAGAAUCUAUGAUGUGCAACUACCUGAAGAAAACGUUCCUCAAGACAGCCUCACUUAUCGCAGAAUGCUGCGCUUCCAUCGCCUCUCUACUGCGCCAAGAUGAAAUAACGUGUCAUAAAUGUUACCUGCUAGGCUUACACGUGGGCAUGGCAUUCCAGAUAUACGACGACCUCCUGGAUUAUGAAUGCGGAAGCAGUGACCUGGGAAAACCAACACUCAAUGACUUAUCAUCGGGUCUAAUCACAAUGCCAUUGUUAAUGGCACUACCAGAAAGCCCUGGACUUGGGGUAUUAGUUACAAAUGGUACGGUACAAUCAGGAAAUGUAGACUCUGUACUACCCUAUGUAACAUGCAGCCAGGCAUAUGAACGUAGCAGGUAUGCAGUCAUGAUGCAUCUGGCUGAAGUUUCUAGAAUCCUGAAAGGAAUGGAAGGAAACAAAACAUCACCAGAUUCACCUCUGUCCGACCUAUCACAGUCGUUGCUCAGAUUCGUAUAUGACACCCUGACACGGUUGAAAGGAUAGA